AAUGUUAUGCAAAACAUGCAAACGAUAUAGCGGUCUUAUUGAAUGGAUCAGUAAUUAUUUUAUGAAACAAGGAAAGUUUCGCAACGACACUAUCGCAUCUCUUAAUGACUAUAACUACAGAGAUAUUUUACGGUCUGGUGGGAACCUUACUAAAUUGUUAAUAGCUUUCUUCGACAAGGGCCAAAACCCUGAAAUUGAACUCUACUGGCUUCUUAUGGCUGAUCAACUAAAAGCGAAAAAUAUCAUCCCAGUUAUAAAGAAGAAUGCUCUCUCAAAAAAAGUUCAUGUGACCUUGGAUGUUAAAUCUUAUCCUUCUAUCAAAUAUAUAGAAUUCUCUCAAAACGCCAUAAGCAAAAAUAACGACUAUAGGGGUUUAAUGAAUACUAAUGACAUUAUCAAAUGGGCUAAUUGUCAACAUAUGAGUAACAUUGCGCAGAUUAUCAACGAGAAUGUGCUAAAAUGUAAAUGUAGACGACGUGGAGUGACUGCUUGCGUGCUCGUCUUUCUACAAAAGCUAUCGGUUUGCGACAAGGAAUGUCGAAACGAUUAUUUGAAAAUGAUGGCCCAAGCGUCAACAGAGUUUACCGAAAGGGAAUGGGGCUGGGCCUGGGCGACCGCCGGUCAGCAACGGCAUUUGGAAAAGGCCUUAGGGGUCCAAUGGACAGAAUAUCCCGCUCUGUUCUUAGUAAAUCUGUCCAAGUCAGAGUUUAUGCCCUUUAAAGGACCUUUCAAUAGGCAGACUAUAGUAAACUUUCUUAAAAGGCCGCAAAGUAAAGAGUAUGGACAAGGCAGGUUGAUUAUCAGUGGAUUAUUGCCCGAGGCUGUUCAGAUCAGAUUCUGGCCUAAAAGUGUUUCUACCUAUCCAAAGCCGAAUCUUUGCAUCUUGCUAAGUGCUAUUAUUAUAGAAUUCCAGCUACAUUUUUCCACCUACUUUUCACCCUGCUCAUAAUAGAGCUCGACGGC